AUGUAUCAUUUCCAAAGAUAUCAGUUCAAGAAGCACGAGAGGCACACGCCGUCUCCGGCUCCCGCGCUGCCUCCGCCUGCGGUUCCGGCGCCGCUGGCGGACGAAAAACCCCAAGCACGAGUCAAGACUGAGAACAACGAUCACAUUAAUUUGAAAUUGGUGGGGCAGUUUAAAAUCAAGAGGCAUACACCACUUAGUAAACUAAUGAAAGCCUACUGUGAACGACAGGGUUUGUCAAGGAGACGGAUCAGAUCCCGAUUUGAUGGGCAUACAAUCAAGGAGACAGACACACCUGCACAGUUGGAGCUGGAAGAUGCAAAUACCACUGAUGUAUUUCAGCAGCAGACAGGAGGUGUCGACUAA